CCCAAAUAGAGUAAUUCCACUAGUGCCCCCAUAGUGAGAGUCUAACAUUACUGUAGGAAAGAGUACUUUCGAAGAGACGUAAAGAUGACUUCCCACAAUUUGUGCCCGUACGGACUGAAGAGCUUGUUGGAGUGUAUUACCAGAGCAGCACUGCUAUCUCAACCUGGUGAUAAUCCCGACUUUUUAUUUGAGUAUUUAUCAGAGCUGAUCAACUUCAGAAGAUGUCACCCUGAGGAUGAUCCCAAGAUUGUUUCCUUCAACUACCAAGAGAUGUGGGAGAACAAGUUCCUGGGAGCGAAAAAAGCGCCAAAGACUCCAAUCACCGCGUCUGCAGCAGCACCACAAGUUCCAUCGCAGGCCCAGGUAGAGGAGACUUUGAAGGAGCUGUACUUGGAUUUGGCAUCUUCUACUGAUGGAAACGUUGUAAAAAAACCUCAAAAGGAGAGAAUGCCAACCAACAAAACUUCAGGAAAGAACAAGAAGCCCUCUGCAUCUCCCAUGUAUCCCACACCGACACCACCUCCUCGUGUGGGAAGACAACAUGGGAAGAAUGUACCACCACCUUUCCUUGUUGUAAAGGGAGAAGGGAAGCCUGCACCACCCCCCCGCGAUGUCAGCAUGAAGACACGUAGAGUGUCCUCAGUGAAGGUUCCUAUUCAACAGGAGAGUAAAGGAACCUGUGAAGAUGUCAGGAAAACGCCACAAACACGCCGGCGCACACUAACACCAAUUCCAGCCAAAUCUUCAGAACCGGAGAAGGUUUCAGUCUCAGAAUCCAGAGUGGCCAGUAAACCUGCCAAACCUUCCAGUGUUCCCAUACCAAUAGUGACACACAAGCUUGUUCUCCCACCUAUUCCACAGAGGAAAAAACAAGAUGGCCAGGUAUCUGUGGUCCAGGGCAAGGCUGCGCCCACUAAACCCAGGAAAAGUUCACCAAUGAACAGGGAGGUGAUGCCAGACGAGACCAGCAGCAGGCCUCCAGUACGCAAAGCACGGGGGCCACUAAAGGCAAAGGCAAAAGCAGUACCAAAAACAGCUCCUGUACCUGGACCAGAGAGCAUGAAAGAACCAGGACCAGAGAGGCCCAGAGAGACCACACCUGCCCCACCUACUGAUCCGAAGCCAGAGAAGAAGAGGAUACGUCCUGACACGGCACCAGAGAAAACCAGAGCACCGAGAAUUCUGCGGCCACUGAGGGCAAGGGUAAAGCGGGUGGAAAACAGGACUAUAGAGGGUAUUCAGGGUACAGCCUUCGGUAGACCAGGCUCUAGUACUUUUACUAACACUUACCCUCAUUUGGCACAUGUGGUCCAUAUAAUAAGAUAUAGACGGAUGCAGAUUAGAUCCUCUCCUCAGGGUCACAGUGGUCCCUCAUUAAGUUAACCACACCACUAUUAAAUAUAAGGAGGUUUCCCAAAUACAGUAAUUCCACUAGUGACCCCAUGGUGAUUUUGAAAUGCUUAAAAUUCAGCCCUGACCUAAUUGCUGUCAUGCUGCCCACCAGGUACCCAUCAGCCUUGGAAGGGGGUCCCCUCUUGUGUGAUCCUUCUCAAGGUUUCUUCCCCCUCUACCUGUUAAAGGGUUUUGGGGGGAGUUUUUCCUUGCCCACUUGAGGGGGGGGGCCUUAUCAUGUGGGUUUAAUGUAACAUAAUUAAAUGUUAAAUUCGUGGUGGUCAAGGGCGUAAGUUAGGGUUACGGUUGUGUACAUACACACACAUAUACAUACAUACAUAUAUUCAUGAGUAUACAAAUACACAUACAUCAUAUGGGUUAAAUUUGUUAAAUGUGUUAGAUGAGUCUGGUCGAGUUGGCGAAAGUUUGGUUUCACAAGGUGAUGGUGGGGGAUGCAUAUAUAUAUAUAUGCUAUAUAAAAUUGUUAAAAUCAAUAAAAUACCUUAAAUAGA